AUGUCAAAAAGGCCACGCUUCUUCACACCUGCUCAGGUGGCAGCUCACAACACGGCGGCCGACCUAUGGGUGUCCUUCCUGGGCAAAGUGUGUGACCUGACCCCCUUGAUGAAGCAGCAUGAGGGUGAUGUUUUGCUGCUACCCAUCAUGGAAUUUGCGGGCAAGGACAUCAGCAGUUGGUUCGACCCGGAGACCAAAGAUGUGCUGACGUUCGUCCACCCGCUGACUGACUGCGUAAGUUACUACACGCCGCGGGGUCGCUUCAUACACAUCCCGCCGGCAGGCCCACGCUCCGACUGGGCCAGCGACAUCGAGCCGGCUUGGUGGAAGGACAAGCGCUACCAAGUGGGACGACUGUCCGCCAAGACCAGGUGGAUACGCGUCAUCAACACUUUGACGUCUCAGGAGCAACGACUGGAGGUGUGUUCUGAGGAGACGCUGGCCGAGAUCCUGGAGCGCUACCUGCCGUACAACUCGCACGCGUGCAGCUACACGUGGAAGCACAACGGCACCAGCUUGGACAUGAGCAAGACUCUGAGCCAGAACAACGUUCCUGACGACGACAUUAAGCUUCAAGAGCUACGUCUGGACUGCGAUCUUUUCACGCCAGCUAUCCUCCUCCACUUUAAUGACGACCUCACAGAGGGUUGA